AUGACGAAUCGAUCAAAUAUUACGCUUAACUUUUAUUCGCGUGAAAUUUAUCUUUGUGAUAUGUCGCCGCCGAAGAAUACUCAUGAUCGCCAAUUAUCUUCGCAGGAUUCUUCUGAUUCGAAUGUCAAUCAUGCCAGCCAUUUUAUAAGUCAACGUCAAUUAUCAGAUUCUCGCGUUCCGACAAAUUGUGUUAUGCUCUUCGAAAAUGCUUUCCCGACUACUAUUAAUGACAUUGUCUUCGUCGAAUACUGUGGUACACGCGCUCGAAAUCAUCAUAAACACAGAUUAUACAUACCUCAACUGCUCGACAGUCACCCGUCAUCAGCAUCAUCCAAUGAUGCUCCUGAAAGCUUUUCUGAUUCAAUCAGGAAAGUUUUAUCGUCAAUAUCGGACGAAGAUUUAUCAUCGUAUGUGAUCAGCAUCCGAACAGGUGUUUUCUAUUUCUUUUCAAAACAUUUUCGUUUCAAUGGUGAAUACUCAAUCGACGUUCUCCGUGAUUUGUUAGAGAAAAAAAUUCUCUCUUCCGAUAGAAAUUACUAUUACGAACAAACGAAUACUAACUAUCAUUCGGAUGAAACUCUACGUUCUGCAUUUUGUAACGUUAAACCUAUCAGUCAUUCGAAAGAUUUUGCUGAAAAACUUUAUAAUCAUAAGUUUUAUCUUGGAGAACAAAAACAUCUAUUUCGCAUCUAUUUGAAAUCGAACGAAAAUCAAACGCAUGUAUGUGUUGUCGAUCCAGCUAGUAGCUAUUCGAUUGUAGAAUUCUCAAAGGACUUUCAACGAACAUCGAAUAUUGAUUAUAUUCGAGAUCGGCAAAACUCAAAAUAUCGUCGGCAGAAAACUUUUGAUGAUGUUUUCGAUUUUCGUAUUCAGUUUCAAUAUCAUUCUCGAACAGGUCGAGAUCAUAUGAGUACAAUUGAAGAUGAAUUACGAAACGAAUUUCCAAGUCUUGAUGUAAAUUUUCAAAACAAAAACAUCCUCCGUCCAAUAGACAACCAAAACGAUGAAACCUAUCAUGUAUCCGAACAAUUAUGUCCAUACGUUCAAUUCAUUCGACGAGAUUUCGGCGAUGUUUAUCAUUAUAAUGGCACGGAUCCGUUAUUCGAGAAUUUCACUAUUUAUCUUGAAUCUCCUGUCGAAUAUCGCAUUGAUUACGCAACUCAUACAUGUAAACGUGAAUUAGAAACACAUGGAAUUGUCUAUGCUCGACUGAACCUCGAUAGUUUAAUGACAUCAAAUGGCGUUGACGAACAGUUACUCAUUAGGAAACUGUGGGAUAUGGGUACCGGCUUAACAUCGAUUGCUGGUGAAUGUACAACAUUAAAAACGCAACAAUCAACAAAUUACUAUACUAUGAACGGUGAUAAAUAUACUGCUGAAGAGGAACGACUUGUACAAAGAAUUUUGAAACGAUCCACUUUACCUGCUAUGCUCGGCUUAUCGAAUCAUGCAGACAGUCAUGCAAUCGACCAAGUCUAUAAACGUAUUAUGACUCAAUUAGAAUCGAAAUGGCAAUGUUUUCAACAUGGUUCGACUGCUCAUGAAAAACUUGCAUGUGCUUACGAAUUGUAUCAAAGUCAACACAGUUGA